GGCCCGCUCCAACCUCCCGCCGCCGCCGGCGGUGGUGGCCAUCCCGACCGCCGGCGCCCACCUUGCUUCCCCCAACUCCCCUGAAUCCCUGAUACAAGCAAGCUCUGCGCCAGCGGAUCAUCAGGGUCGCGCCCGGCUUCUGGAGAGAGGCCGUAUCGCAUCAGCGCUGGGUGCUCGCCUCCAUUCAGCCGAAGGUACACGAGCUGAUUUCUUGUCCAGGCUCAACCGAAGCACAAGCGCUGGCAAAAUAGGAGGUGUGCCGGCCAUGGCAUCCUACUGCUGUUUUAGGAAAUCAAGGACAUGUUUGCCAAGCUUUACUGUACCACGGUAUCGGUUGAUAACGCUCCAGGACAUGCUUUGCCUGAUUCUUCAUCCAGAAGGCGAAGUGGUUGCCAUCGAGGGCACUGGCGGCUUGGGAAAGACAUGGGCGGCAAAAGCGGCAUUUGAAACCGCAAGGAACUCUAAUCGCUUUGAUACAUAUAUCUGGGUUUCUUUGUCUACAAGUUGUGGUCUGAGACGGUGCAUUGAGAAGAUUGCCACAUGUCUUUCAAUUGACAUUGGUGAGGAACUGUUAUCAUCAAGAAUCAGGGUGAUGAUCAAGGAGCAUCUCGCGAGACGAAAGUUCUUGUUGGUUCUUGACAAUGCUUAUUUUCUCGAGGAAAACAUCUUAUGGAACUUGGGGAUUCCAUGUCCUCAAGAGCAGAGUUUAGGUUCAAAGGUCAUUGUGACCACAAGAACCGGGAGGACAGUGUCAGUCAUGGAUCCAGCCAUACUUAUAUCGCCACAGCCUCUCACAGAUCAGGCCUCAUAUGACCUACUGCGCGAGAAGAUCGGCAAUGAUAUUGAUCUGGUGUUAGUUGACAACUGUUUUGGCAUGCCCUUGUCAAUUAUCUUACUGGCUGGGGCACUGUGUGAUAUGCCUACACAAGAGUCGAGCAAGUUAAUAAGUGAAGCUUAUGUGGCUCUAGGACCCAAGAUAUCAGUGUUCACCACAAUGAUUCGCGUCCCAAAAUUCUUGUCUUAG